CUCGCGAGAACGGACGAGGGGAUAAGUUAAGGAAACAUGGCGAUGUCUAAUUUGUUAAAGAAUAAGGGUUCCCUCCAGUUUGAGGACAAGUGGGAUCUUAUGCGCCCCAUUGUCCUUAAGUUGCUUCGCCAAGAGUCCGUAACUAAGCAGCAGUGGUUCGAUCUUUUCUCAGAUGUUCAUGCAGUUUGUCUAUGGGAUGACAAAGGACCAGCAAAGAUCCACCAGGCUCUCAAAGAGGACAUCUUAGAUUUUAUUAAACAAGCUCAAGCGCGAGUGCUCAGUCACCAAGAUGACACAGCGCUCCUCAAGGCUUACAUCGUGGAGUGGAGGAAGUUCUUCACGCAGUGUGACAUUCUGCCCAAGCCCUUCUGCCAGCUAGAAAUCACCCUGAUGGGCAAACAAGGCAGCAACAAGAAGUCCAAUGUGGAGGACAGCAUUGUUAGAAAGCUGAUGCUGGACACUUGGAACGAAUCUAUAUUCUCCAACAUCAAGAAUAGAUUGCAGGAUAGUGCGAUGAAGUUGGUCCAUGCUGAACGGUUGGGAGAAGCGUUCGACUCGCAGCUAGUCAUCGGGGUCAGAGAGUCAUAUGUGAACCUGUGCUCCAAUCCUGAAGAUAAACUGCAGAUCUACAGGGAUAACUUUGAGAAAGCCUACCUAGACUCCACUGAGAGGUUCUACAGGACCCAGGCACCGUCCUACCUCCAGCAGAAUGGAGUACAAAACUACAUGAAAUAUGCAGACGCUAAAUUAAGAGAAGAGGAGAAACGUGCACUACGAUAUUUAGAGACAAGACGUGAAUGUAACUCUGUACAAGCACUUAUGGAAUGUUGUGUGAAUGCACUGGUAACGUCAUUUAAAGAAACGAUCUUGGCUGAAUGUCCAGGCAUGAUCAAACGGAAUGAGACUGACAAGCUGCACCUCAUGUUCUCUCUCAUGGAUAAAGUGCCCAAUGGAAUUGAACCCAUGUUGAAAGACCUGGAAGAGCACAUCAUCAGUGCUGGACUGGCAGACAUGGUGGCUGCUGCUGAGACCAUCACAACUGACUCAGAAAAGUAUGUGGAGCAGCUCCUGACUCUGUUUAAUCGAUUUAGUAAAUUAGUGAAGGAAGCGUUCCAGGAUGAUCCUCGGUUCCUGACAGCCAGAGACAAAGCAUACAAAGCAGUUGUGAAUGAUGCCACAAUAUUUAAGUUGGAGCUGCCAAUGAAACAGAAGGGAGUGGGUCUAAAAACACAACCAGAGUCAAAGUGUCCAGAGCUGCUCGCUAAUUAUUGUGACAUGCUGCUAAGAAAGACACCACUCAGCAAAAAGCUGACCUCAGAGGAGAUCGAGCUCAAACUGAAGGAAGUGCUACUUGUGCUAAAAUACGUCCAGAAUAAGGAUGUGUUCAUGAGGUACCACAAAGCCCACCUGACCCGACGUUUGAUCUUGGACAUCUCAGCGGACAGUGAGAUCGAGGAGAACAUGGUUGAGUGGCUCAGGGAAGUCGGGAUGCCUGCUGACUAUGUGAACAAGCUAGCUAGAAUGUUCCAGGACAUCAAAGUGUCUGAAGAUCUUAACCAGGUUUUCAAGGAAAUGCACAAACACAACAAGCUGGCAUUACCAGCGGACUCUGUGAACAUAAAGAUCUUGAAUGCUGGAGCGUGGUCACGCAGCUCAGAGAAAGUGUUUGUAUCUCUGCCCACCGAGCUGGAAGACCUCAUUCCCGAGGUGGAGGACUUCUACAAGAAGAACCACAGCGGACGCAAACUCCACUGGCACCACCUCAUGUCUAAUGGCAUUAUCACUUUCAAGAAUGAAGUAGGGCAGUAUGACCUGGAGGUCACGACAUUUCAGCUGGCUGUACUUUUUGCCUGGAACCAAAGACCACGAGAGAAGAUCAGUUUUGAGAAUCUGAAACUUGCCACUGAGCUGCCUGAUGCUGAACUGAGACGAACUCUCUGGUCUCUUGUUGCCUUCCCAAAGCUCAAACGCCAAGUGCUGUUAUAUGAACCUCAAGUGAGCUCUCCCAAAGACUUCACAGACAGUACAUUGUUUUUCGUUAACCAGGAAUUCUCCUUGAUAAAAAACGCCAAGGUUCAAAAGAGGGGGAAGAUAAACCUAAUUGGCCGAUUGCAGUUGACGACGGAGCGAAUGAGAGAAGAGGAGAACGAAGGCAUCGUCCAGCUUAGAAUAUUAAGAACGCAGGAGGCCAUCAUUCAGAUCAUGAAGAUGCGUAAGAAGAUCACAAACGCUCAGCUGCAAACCGAGCUGGUGGAGAUCCUCAAGAACAUGUUCCUCCCUCAGAAGAAAAUGAUCAAGGAACAGAUCGAGUGGCUCAUUGAGCACAAAUACAUCAAGAGAGACGAGACGGACAUUAACACCUUCAUAUACAUGGCGUAACACGGAAACAACUCCGGAGAUAGUCCGUGACCGUUCUGGAGGAACGACGUACUUGUCGAGGAUCAGCAGCGGGGGAGGGAUGGUGAUGUCUCGAAGAUACUGCUUAGGCUGCUGGUCUAACGGCGUAGUCAUGAGCUUGUUUUAAACAACAGACAGUCACACAUCAGAUUAAAAAAUGUAUUUAAAAAAAAAUAAAUCCCUGCCUUACCUUAAAGUGAAGACACAUGGGAUGAGGAUAGGAGAUAUUAAAAAAAAAAUAGGAAAACAGACAAAGGAUUCUAUUUUUGCCAUUGGUAGUCAGUAUGCAUGGUGGGCGGUUUGCCUUUUGUAUGUGUACAUCUCCAGCAGCAUGCGGUCAGUGGGAAUGUCACAUUCAUCCCAGGACUUGUUUGUGUGUGCCGUGUUACGAGUGUUUAUUUCCCCUCCCACAUCCUUCGUCUGGACCUCGCCGUGUACCAUCCUCAGUGCUCAACCUGGGGCGGGAGCCGCCCGACUGUCAAAAACACCAAGACUUGCAUGAGCGCAGGCUGGGACGGAGGACUAGCAUUAGCACUUUUCACACUCUUGCCACAAGUCAGCAUGGCUUUAUUUGGGUUGUUUUCACGUCUUCGGGUUUCGUUUAGACUUUUUCUCCAUCAAAAUAUCACAAACGAAAGAUUUAGAUGACACGUUACUCUUCGAAAUGCUAGGAAAAGAGCAUUCAGAUGUCACAGGGUCAAGAUGUUUGCGAUAUUUGUAUUUUUUUUUCAGUGUACACGCGUUAUUGUGCACCAAGUCAGAAGGUCAGUGUAACGUAGUUGCACUUUUUUUGUAUUUACUACGCUGAAACAGAAUUUUCCGUUAUCGCUCCCAAAUUACGACUGAGAUGCCAACCGAUUUGCUCCUGAUGCGGUGGCCCCACUAAGGUCCUGUAACACAUCAUCAGAACUGUUGAUUUAUUGUUGUCGCGUCUAGCGUAAACAAGCGGUAAAGCACAGUUACAGGAGUUCGAAUAAAGCAAGCACUGCUCCAACCUCAGGUAAAGUAGGGCAGAGUUGUGCUAACUUUAAUUAGCGCCUCGCGGUUCUUGCUAAUCACACAUUGCCAAAGCAAAGCACAAGAGUGCUGAUCUCAAAAUCAAAUAAUGUCAGAUCUAUUCCAGUUAUUGUUUUCCCUCCAUUUCUAAGAUCGUCACCACAUUUAGUGGAAAACAGGAAGUCUGGGGGCUUUUUUUUUUUUUGACUUGUUAUGACCGAGUAUCUAUGAACAAAAGCUUGUGCAAUUACUGAUCAGCUGUUUAUUAUAAUCAAAUGAACUGUCUCAUGAUUAUUAGCAUUUAAGUGCAAAAAAAAAAGUAUUAACUCUUAUUUUUCAAAUAGUGAUGUGUGUGGUCAGUAUAGGAUGUCGUUUUUCAGUGGGGUUUGGAGUGACGGUCGAAUCAAGCGCCAAUGUGUUUACGAUAUAUCAGCCUGCCAGUGUGUCCUCAAUAAAAUAAUGACAACAAAAAUAUCAUUUUUACAGGCUGAUGAUGUUUAGAUUUGAUUGUACGCUCAUAUCCAAACACGAUGACGUCCCAAUGACUUGCUGCAGUUCAGCUGCCCAUCUCCGCUAUGGCAUUUUCUGUUUGUUUUUGUCUUUUUAAAGCAACGCAGUCGCUCAUUUGUAUCCCCAGUGUUUGCUUUCACACUCAAAAUAGUGAAAAGGUUCCCUUUGAUUGUACUGAAAAGCGUUCUUUGUAAGAUCCAGAUGUACAACAGUGUUUGAGAACAUUGUGUUAUUUGAUUGUCCACUUUAUUUAUUGAUAACUUAAGCAUGUUUGAGAGAACGAGUGUGUGGGUGCGUGCGUGCGUGUUUGUGUGUGUGCACGCUUAGGAGCCUUUUACAACAGGGUGCUGUCAUAUCCUGUUACGUUUAUGCAUUUUCAUUUUUGGACUUUAAAAUCGAUGUUUCUGCUGACUGUAUGUUUUCCUCUAUCAAUUUAUUCUAGGUAAAUACAUACAAUUUUAUUAGGACAAGCACUAUGAUUUUCAUAUUUAUCAAUCACAGUUGGAGUUUUUUGUGUGCUUGUGUUAUUCUGAAGCCAAUUGGGGUUUUCUUUGAAUGAAAUGCAGUCCCAAAAAGCUGAAAUUUCAGUUCAUUGUAAGUGGAAGAUGAUGAAACUGAAUAAAAACGGUGUGAGUGAC